CUUUCUUUCUCUUCUUCCUCACAUUUUCUCAUCCAAGAAAAUAAAUUCCCAGUCUCCUCUAGAGAACAAAAAACUUCAUUCCUCUUUCAACUUUUUUUCUAAGAAACUAAUUUCAUGGAAAAAAAGCAGUUAAAUCUCAACCAGCCACUUUUAUCAGUGAGGAGAUUCACAUCAACAAUAGCUUCUGUAUCAGAUAACACUGAAAAUUCAUCUGUUAAGUUACCAUAUCUUGCUUCUUACAAAUCAGAGUUGAGUUCAGGUCCGGUGCGAAAUGCCGGUGCAGUUCCGUUUCAAUGGGAGAAAACGCCAGGAAAACCGAAAGAUAUAUCAGUUAUUGAGAGGGAAAAGGAGGGAGGUUCUGAUUCGGAUGAUGGAGAUGAGAGUUUUCAAGAUGCGCGCGACACGCUUUCUAGGACGGAAUCGUUUUUCAUGAGAAGUAGUAUGAGUUCGGAUGAUCGCGAGGUGGAAGUCCGGCCGAAUAGAAGGUUGUCGAGCGAUGGACAAGGUCGCGAUUUCAUGAUUGAUCGGUUCUUGCCUGCUGCGAAGGCAAUGAUAUCUGAAACACCUCAAUGUGCUUCCAAGAAGGAAGGUUUUGGACAAGGACAACAGAAACAGAUGUGGAAAAUUGGGAGUUCUGAGAAGUUAUCUCCUGUUAAUCAGCAUAAACCGAAAUCAGUACGGUAUAGGGAAGUACGCGUAUUUGAAAGCGAUGAUUCGGGAAACUGCACUACUAAUACUGCAGCUUGUGGACUAUUUCCUCAAUUUCGCGCCUUGAAUCCAAUGGCAGGGGUAAGAAUGGAGAAUAAGGUUCAAAGCAAUGCAGGUUGUGGUUCAACUGUUUCGCCUUUUGAAACUCCAAAAGAGGAGCAUGCUAGACCUUCUUAUCGAAGGGGUUGCCGCGAAUCAUUGGUCUGUGAAAGUCCCGCGGUUGAGAAAACUCUAUAUGUUGAUUUUAUACAUAGGACCAAGUUUGAAACCAAUCACAAUGGAGACGAUUUCGAGGCUUUGAAAAGAGAUAGUGACAUUUACGAGAAUCUUUCAGUAGAUUCUUUGCUUGAAAAUAACCGAGGGUUGGAUGAUGUAAAUGUGAAGAGAGCAUUAGAAGCUAAAUUUUCGCAAACUCUUGAUUCGCCUUUUCUCGUUCGUUCUGAAAAUCCUAACAGUGGUAUGCAAGUGGACUCAGAAAAGCUUGGCAUCCAAGUUAGAUACUUAAAUCAGGACUCGGUAUCGAUCUCAAGUCCAAAAAUGGUUGAAUGUAGAAAGAUAUAUUAUGAGAAACUAAUUAAGGAUUCUGCCUUCGAUAUAAAGAGGCAACCGUCAGCCAAAUUGAUUGAUCGAGAACAAACAAUGGAAUAUGAUAAGAAGAUAGACUUAGAAAGCCAAUAUGGGUUGACAUUAGGCCAUCAGGAACUGACAGGUACAACAAGCUUUUUCGAGAUUCCUCUUAUCCUUCCUUCACUGAAAGCUCCAUCAGAGUCUUGGCUUACGCGUACUUUACCGGCCAUUUCCACGAAAAACACAUCUUCAAAGCCUAAGCCUUGUUGCAAAUAUAUAUACAGGACAGCAUCACUGUAUCCCUCCCAAGUUUGAAACAAUUGUUAAUUCUUCUAAUGUGCAACAUGGUGUCAUGCAGUUCCAUGAGGAACUCUAAAACCAAUUGCAGAAGAUUGAAUCAGAGAGAAGGGUUUUAUAGUUGAAGCUUGCUAAAAUGUACUACAUCUUGGUAUUGUAGUUUGUUAUCAUUAUUCUUCUGGUAACUCUGUAAUUGAAACUGUAAAUCACUGUUCCAUUUUAUUUAUGUACAUAUCUUGUGUAAAUGUAAUAAGUAGUUUCAAUGAAAAGAUGUUGUCUUUGUAAAUUACAGAUGACAUGUUUCUGUGAUGUAUCAGGCACUCAAUUA